AUGUGUACACAAUUACCAGUAUUUACUAACCAUCAGUACGGACCGUGUACUUGCUCGUUCAAUUAUGGGAUCAGAACUAUUCAUAUUAAUUCACGUUUAUUGUAUGCCGUAUUCUUUACGUAUACUCUUUUACUAGCAGGGUACAUGCAUAUUGACAAAAAAUACAAGACUAGAGGCUCAUGGAUUUCAAUUAAAGAUUUGGCAGAUCCUACAUGCGUUAUUACUGGUGGUAGCCGUGGUUUAGGGUCUGAAAUUGUCCAAUCACUCAUUAAGAGUAUCCCCAAUAUAAGAAUUGUCAUUUUAGAUGUCGUCGAACCAGAGCUAAAGUUACAGUCAUGGAAAGAGCAAAUCAAGUUCAUUAAGUGCGAUCUUUCAGAAGAUAAUGCUGUAGAAGAAGCAAUUUCACUUAUCAAAAAAACAUAUGGUAAGGUCAAUGUUCUAAUAAAUAAUGCAGCUAUUAGAGGGAGAUUUUCAAGACUAGCUGAUAUGCCAUCUAAUGAGAUUGCCACGAUAUUCCAUGCCAACGUUCUAUCAACUAUUAAACUAAUACAAGCAUUCCACCCGCUUAAGACAGAACCUAACGAUUUUUACUAUGUUGUUAAUGUUGCAAGCGCCUUGGGUAUACUAUCGCCUGCUAGAGCCAGCACAUACGCGGCAACUAAAGCGGCAUUGAUUUCAUAUCACGAAUCUUGGACGUACGAACUUCUGAGUGAAAAUGUAAUGAAUGUGAGAACGUUGCUCGUUCUACCUGGGCAAAUGGAUACACAGAUGUUCCAAGGCUUUGAGCCUCCAAGACAAUUUUUUGCACCAGUGGUCAAGGCCCCUAAAUUAGCGAAAGAGAUUGUUGCAUGUUGUAUUCAGGGCAAACGUGGCGAGAUCUGUAAACCAUUUUAUGUGAACUUUCUGAGAAUGUUCAAGUGUUUCCCUGAAAUGCUGAUUGAAAAACUGCGAGCAUUCUCGAAGAUGGAUGAAUGCUUGCCUCUUGACGAAGCUAAAUAG